AUGGACAUUCGUCGCUUUUUGUGUAAAAAACCGCGGAUUGAACACAAAAAUGACGUGGGUGAAUGUAAUCAAGAUAAACUUCCAACGGUUCAAACUCAGGCCGGAUCUGCAGAAAAAAAAGCAUGCAAGCAAGAAACGGAAGCAGGACAGAGUUCUUCAGAUAUGGACAUUGAUCCUGAGGUACCAAAAAGUCCAUCUUCGCCAGUUUGCUCUACGAAUGAUAAUCUAAGUUCAUACGAUAUAGGAUUAUUCGUACAAAGGUCUUCGGCUGAUGGGAUAAAUUUAAUCCCUGGAUUGCAAAAGAAAAUUUGGACUCCACCUGACGGCUACAGUUUUCCCGCAUCGGGCCCUAGAAAUUUGAAGUUCCAACGCUCUUGGCUCCUGACAUACUCAUGGCUGGCGUACUCGGAGAGAGAAGACGGUGCAUUUUGCAAAUGCUGUGUCUUAUUUUGUGCUCGAGCGGGAGGGGUUGGUCGUCAAACCUUGGGCCAGUUGGUCACGAAUCCAUUGAGAAACUGGAAAAAAGCACUGGACACUUUCGAAAAGCACAAUGCAUCAGAAUAUCACAAGAGAAGCCUGUUGCAAUGGAGCUUGAGACUGGAAAUCGAAGACGAAAAUGCUUUAUCCAUUGAUUUACAACUUUCGAAACAAAAACUUGACUUUAUAAAUGAAAGUAAACUACGCAUGAUUCCAAUUAUUGAAACAAUUAUUCUUUGUGGCCGGCAAGGGCUUGCUCUUCGGGGUUCCAGGGAUACGGGGAGAAUUUCUGAAGAUGAACCGUUAAUUAAUGAUGGAAAUUUCCGAGCUCUCUUGAGAUUUCGAGCAAAAAAUGAUGAGAAGUUGAAGAAACAACUGGUUGAAUCGCCAAAGAAUGCUAUGUAUAUAAGCAACCGAGUUCAGAAUGAACUAAUUAACAUUUGUCACGAUCUGAUCAUGAAUCACAUUGUCGAUCGAGUCAACGAAUCGAUGGGCUUUUCUUUUCUUGGAGAUGACACACCGGACAUUGCAGGAAUAGAACAAAGUUCAAUUUGCACUCGAUACUUGGAUAAGAGCGACGGGAAGUUUAUCAUUCGUGAAGAUUUUUUGUGCUUCAUCACUAUCGCAGAUUUCACUGGAAAAGGAAUAGGAACUUCUUAUCUCAAUUUCUUGGAUUCUUCCGGACUUAAUUGCACAUAUUUUCUCGGACAGGGAUAUGAUGGCGCGAGAGCGGUUAGCGGAGAAUUCCAUGGAGCCCAAGCUGUUGUCAGAGAGCGUUAUCCACUCGCGCUCUACUCCCAUUGUGCGGCUCACAGCUUUAAUUUGGCAGUCAGCUCUGCAUGCAAUAUAACAGCAAUCAGAAAUUGUUUGGGAACCCUCGAAAGCAUUCAUACUUUCUUCAUCUAUCCGAAACGCCAAAAUGCUCUUCAAGAUGCGAUCAAUGAAGAUGAGACGCUACGUGAAAGUCGGUUGAAGAAAUUGAAAAAAUUUUGCAAAACCAGAUGGGUAGAGCAACACGAGUCUGUCGCAACUUAUCUGCACUUACAACCAGCAGUAAUUCGCGCUCUUGAUGUGAUUUCGACCACCUGGAAGGAUCCGACGACUUCAUCUGGAGCUUUCCAACUUCUUUCAGCAAUAAAAACUGCAAAUUUCCAGAUCUCCAUGCAUAUUUUGAGCUCAGUACAUUCUUUGACUUUGUCUCUCAGUCGAGUACUUCAGUCCGAAAACCAGGAUCUUGGCGAGGCUAUCGAACUGGCUGAUGCUGCGAAACAAGUCCUGCUUGAAAGAAGAGAAAACGCCGAAAAGGACUUCAGAGAAAUUUUCAAAACCGUGAGCGAAAUCAGCGCAAAAUACGACAUCGAACUGUGGAAACCAAGACUCGCGUCAAAACAGACUCAACGCUCCAACUAUCAGUUGACUGUGCUUCGGCAGUAUCAGCAUUUGUAG